AUCAGAAGGCAAAAUGGUUGUUGAGUUGCAGAGAGACAGUUAUGUGUUUAGAUGGCGUUGGGUGUAACCGUCGUUCCUUUCACAUACGUGGUUCACGUCCUUGGUCUGGUUGCCAUCAUCUUGGUCCUCGUCUGGAACAUUCACUUCAGGGGUGGCUUGUCUUGGGACGCCGAUAACAAGAACCUCAUCUUCAAUCUCUCUGUCUCUCUGCUGCAUUUUACAUUAUUCAGCAUCUAUUUGUUCAUUUUACUCCAAUUCUUGGAGAUUCAAUUUCAUGUUGGAGAUGUCAUCCCAGAUGGCACCUUGGCCUUCUUGGACAACGAUAACAAGCCACAGUUUGAGAGCAGAAAGAGCUUAAAGGAAGUGUUGGGAGUGAGGAGUACACACAAGAUAGAACAGUGAAUAUUAAAGGAAAACCUUCUCUUAGAUCUAAAGGUGGUGGUUGGAAAGCUUGCUCCUU